CAUAUUUUGUGAAAGACUGGUUAAUUUUUAAUUUUGGUAUUGAGAAUUGGAGGAUCCCAAACGAAAUUUACCUAAUUACAUAUCUUUUGUUAAUUAUAAGAAAUGCUAAUUUAAGUGAGUAUUUAUUGAAAAUCAAAUUGUUUAUUGUAAGUUGUUAUUUGUUAUUAGUUAACAAUAUUUAAGUUAGAGAUUGUUGGAACUUUUUUUUUUCGUUGCUUGCUACUUAUCAGUAACUUAACAGUUAUUGUUUGUUAAAAAUCAAAAUCUAAUUGUGAUUAUUGUGCUAAUAAAAAAGAAUUUAAUUUGGAUAUUUUUAUGUUGGAUGAUGCCGGCCCAAUGAACAUUAAUUCUGGAUCCAUUAUCUCGAUUACAGUUCAUCGCAAAAUACAAUUAUUAGUUAAUUCAAAUAAAAAACAAAUAGACAAACUUAAUCAAAUAAAAAUAAGUUUCCAAGACAAAGAUAUGAAAGAGUAUAUAGUUGUCCCAACCCAACACUAUAUUAAUUGAACAAAUCCAUGUGAAAGUCAAACCUCAAACAUUUGUAACAUAACAGAUUCCCCUCAAUCAAGCCGAACUUUUUGAUCAUUGAAUUCUCCGCGUUCCACCAUUUUCCAUAAUUCCGGUUGUUUUCCAUUUCCGAUUUCGAUAAAUCAAGCAACAACUGAAGAUGCACCAAAUUCAAAGUAAAAAAAAUGUUCAGAUCGGUGAGCAGCAGCAGAGUCUCCGAUGAUACCUACUAUAGCAUCUACAGUCAUUCGCCGACGUCAAAGGCGGUGUCACCGGCGCUCAGAGCAUUGGCUUUGGAAGCCAACGAAUUGCCGCAGUACGAAUCCUCUUCGCCAUUCUCCACACCCUCUAAGAAAGAUAAAUUAGGGCGUCUUCGAUUCUCGGAGAAAGCCGUUCAUCUUAUCCCUCUCGUCCUCCUCUUAUGCGCUCUCGUUCUCUGGUUUUUUUCAAAUCCAGACAUUCAUAUGCCGAUAAAUAAGGAAUUGAUUGAUACAAAAAUAAAAGGAAAAACUGUUGGACAAGAAGUUGCUACAACUCGAUUGGAAAAUUCACUCCAACGCAAGUACACGGAAGCUCAUAAACUAACCACGACUUUAGGAAGCCUUUAGUUGUAACGAUUUUUACGUUUUCUUUCAUACAUCAUUUUUCAUUUAAUUAUUCAUUGUUUAUGUCUGGUUUAUAUUAGUUUUGAUUGAAAGACGUUUUUUUAAUAGCUUACACUAAAUAUAUAUGAGAAGCCUUCGGCAAUAUUUGUACGACAGUACGAGUUA